AAAUACCUCACCACGCUCAAACUGAAAGAAUCUGAGCAGUCAUGGACCUAACCAAUGAUGCUCAUGAGACUGUGAAAACUAACGGCGGAGUUACCACCAACGCUCAGCCAUAUCCAUCACCUGAAGUGCUAUCCGUUGAGAAUAUUACUGUGCAUCCAUGCCAUGACGGCAAAUACAUACAAUACAACAUAUGUGAGAAUAUCUUUGAACUCACAGCUAAGUAUACGCCACCAAUUAUGCUUAUUGGCGGAGGUGCUUAUGGCCUCGUUUGUUCAAUCAUGGACUCAGAAACCAAUGAAAAAGUGGCAAUAAAGAAGAUUGGUCAUGCAUUUGAAAACAAAAUAGAGGCAAAGAGAACUCUCCGUGAAAUCAAGCUUCUGCGUCACUUUGAGCAUGAAAAUAUUGUUGGAAUCAAAGACAUAAUAGUGCCUCCUAAUAGAGAUGCUUUUGAAGAUGUGUACAUAGCAUAUGAGUUUAUGGACAGGGACCUUCAUAACAUCAUAACAUCCGGUCAAGAACUAGACUCACUUCAUUACGAGUUUUUCUUGUACCAACUCCUACGUGGAUUAAAGUACAUUCACUCAGCCAAUGUUUUACAUAGAGAUUUAAAACCAAGCAAUCUCUUAGUGAACACAGACUGUCAACUAAAGAUAUGUGAUUUUGGGCUUACUCCUGAUACUUCAGAGAGUAGUACAAUGACUGAGUAUGUUGUCACAAGGUGGUACAGUGCACCUGAGCUUCUGCUGAGCUCUUCUGUUUACACCUCAGCAAUAGACAUCUGGUCUGUUGGCUGUAUCUUCUUGGAGUUGCUGACUCGCCAACCGAUCUUCCCGGGUAGAGAUCAUGCUCAUCAGAUUCAUCUGAUCUUGGAGCUCCUAGGCUCUCCAUCAGAACAAGAAAUGGUCUCAUUAAGUGAAAAUGCUAAGCUAUACUUAAGGCAGCUUCCUUAUUAUGGUCGCCAAUCUUUCUUUGCGAAAUUCCAAAAUGUACCUUACUUAGCUCUUGACUUGAUCGAGAAGAUGCUAAGGUUUGACCCUAGAGAGAGGAUCUCAGUUGAAGACGCGCUUAAACAUCAAUAUCUCAGUGAGAUGCAUGACAUUGCCGAUGAACCAGUGUGCAUGACACCCUACAACUUCGAUUUAGAGGAACAUCCAUUCACAGAGGAGGAUAUUAAGGAUUUAAUCUACUUUGAAGCCUUAGCUAUCGGCCUUGAAGCAUAA